AUGCCUAAAGUACAUAAAGAUGGUUAUCCUUUAAGGAUAAUUAUUUCAUCUACAGGAAGUCCUUUGCAUAAUUUGGCAACGUUCUUGUAUAAAAUCUUAGUUACAAGCUUACCUCCAGUUAAAGGUUUUAUUAGGAAUAGCUUUCAACUCGCUAAAAAUAUAGAUAAACUUAAAAUUUCUAAUGAUGACACUCUGUUUUCUUUGGAUGUGGUUUCAUUGUUUACAAAUGUCCCAGUGGAUCUUGUGUUGGAUGGUAUUAAUAAAAGGUGGCAUUUGAUACGGACCAACACAUGCUUAUCUAGAACAGAGUUUCUUAAUGCGACUAAAUUGAUUCUUGACUCUACAUUUUUUACCUUUAAUGAUAAAUAUUACAGACAAUCCUUUGGAGUUCCCAUGAGCUCCCCUUUAUCACCAGUAUUGGCAGACAUAGUUUUACAGGACUUAGAAACAUUUACUUUUUUUAAUAGAUUGACAAAAGAACCUUCUUUUUACAUACGAUACGUAGACGACAUUGCAUUAGCAAUUAACAAAACACACAUUAACGAACUCUGUCUUACAUUCAACAACUAUCAUCCACGACUCAAAUUUACAUUGGAGGAAGGUGGUGACAAACUCAAUUUUCUGGACCUAACUCUUAUCAAGAAAAAUGACUCCAUAUAUCAUGACUGGUAUCAGAAACCUACAUCAUCAGGACGUUAUCUCAAUUUUUGUUUGCAACAUCCACUUUGUCAGAAAAUUGGAGUAAUAGUGAGCUUAACAGAUAGAGUUUUAUUAUUGUCACACCCUUCUUUUCAUAGGAAAAACUUAGAUAAAAUAAUUAGAAUAUUACUUAACAAUGGCUAUCCCUUGAAUUUGAUUUUCUCCACCAUAAAUAAAAGGUUACACAAGAAAUUUUCUAAUCACAACAAUCAAAUAGCUAAUAAUAAAAAAGUAGAAAAGAAACAAAUCUACUUCACGGUACCUUUUAUAGCAGGUAUUUCAGAGAGAAUCAAAAACCUUUUAAAGAAGACUAACAUCAUCAAAAUAGCUUACAAGGGUAUUAAUAAAUUGAGCAACUAUAUUAGAGUGCAGAAGGACAAACUCCCACAUUUUAUGCACACUGAUGUGGUUUAUAAGGUGGAGUGCAGAGACUGUGACGCUUCAUACAUCGGUCAAACAGGAAGGACUCUUAAAAUCAGAAUUAGUGAAUGUUUCGGAUUUAUACUGGUUUCGAAAUUCGCGCCAGUAUACAUGUCAUUGAGUGCGGUCGAACAGGUAGGGGAUUGGCGUUACCAAGUGGCGCUCUGA